AUGUCCAUCCAACACAAGAUCGUCCGCACGGCCAACGCGCCCAGGACCAACCCUGAUGAGACCGAGACGGCCGUUGCGCAGGCCAUGAUCGACCUCGAGAACUCCGCGCCGGAGCUCAAGAGCGAGUUGCGCCCCCUCCAGAUCUCUGCUGCCCGUGAGGUCGAUGUCCGCGGUGGCAAGAAGGCCAUCGUCAUCUUUGUCCCCGUCCCCCAGCUCAAGGCGUUCCACAAGGUCCAGCAAAGGCUGACCCGUGAGCUCGAGAAGAAGUUCUCGGACCGUCACGUCGUCUUCGUCGCCCAGCGUCGUAUGCUCCGCAAGCCGACCCGCACCUCGCGCGUGCAGCAGAAGCGCCCCCGUUCCCGCACCCUCACCGACGUCCACGAGAAGAUCCUUGAGGACCUCGUUUUCCCCACCGAGAUCAUCGGCAAGCGCACGCGCGUGGCCGUUGACGGCUCAAAACUGCUCAAGGUCUUCCUUGACUCGAAGGAUGCGACAUCACUGGAGUACAAGCUGGACUCGUUCUCGUCUGUCUACCGCCGUUUGACAGGGAAGGACGUCGUGUUUGAGUUCCCCGUCCAGGCACAGGAGUAG